CUUUAAUGCCAUUCAUACAAGGCCAUAACGUAUGGAUACAGAACAGGGCAGCAUCUGGUACUUAUACUGAUGCUGGAGCCACCGAACAUAAUCAAAAAGGACACUGGAGCUGGGGUAGCCAUGCUAUCGACCAGCAAGGAGCAUCUGCUCACAAGGGUUAUCAUUUGUAUAUCCCUGAAAAUUAUACAACAUUUUGGCUUGUUUUCGGAGUUGCUUCCUCUACUGAAGAUGAUAAAUGGCGCGGUCCAAUCAACAAUGAUGGGGAUAAAUGUUGGCAUUUUCAUGGUACUGAAGAUGCUUGGGAUGUAUAUGAAUGUCCAAACUAA